CCCAUUCCCAUUUAAUCACUACACCAGACAACCAUGUAUAGCAUUACACUGGCUCUAAUUAUUGGUUCCGCAGUUUUCGUUGCGGUCAACGAUUUGUAUGAGUUUCUCAGUACCAACGAAUUUAAAAAAACACUCGCCACUGAAACCCCUGAGGACAACGUGCAAUGCGAAUGUUCGCUGUUCCGCACCGCGACCCCCCAAUCGGAGGAUAAGACGAUCGUAAGCCAAAAGCUCAUAGCGAUCGGUUAUUGUAACGAAAAAGGCGCCAAGUUUUGCGCUAAGCUGUGUAAUACUAUCGCGCUAAAAAUACACCGUCAAGCACCUCACUUUCUAUGCAAUUUUCUGAGCAACUGCGACAAACUCGAAGUUUUCUUGCAUAGCCGUACUUGCGAUUGGGAAAGCUGGCGGUUCACAGGGUUAAGAAGUACCGAUCUGUGCUGCGGGCGAAAAAAAAUAACCGAAUGAGAUCCAAGAAAUCUUAUCGACAACCUCCUUUACUCCCUGAAUUAAUUUUUAAUAUUAUGUGACGACUUUGGAGUGAACGUAGUGAACGAUUCUGUAUAAGUUUAUUUUCUUAAUGUAAAAUUUAUGAUGUAGUACAAUAAACUAUCAA